AUGGUCGUUCAUAUUGUGGCAGGUGCAAUACCAAGUGAAAUUGGUAAUCUCCAAUACCUUGAGUUAUUAGUUAUCCGUUUGAACAACUUUACUGGUCCAAUUCCAUUUGAGAUCUUUAAUAUCUCAACAAUAACAGAUAUUGAUAUGGCUUACAAUAACCUCUUAGGCCAUCUUCCAUCAAAUGUAGGCAUCUUCCUUCCAAAUCUUUAUGGCCUUUAUCUUGAAGGAAACAAACUAAGUGGAACAAUACCAAGCUCUAUCUCCAAUGCAUCACAACUCACUGAACUAGAUCUGGGUGACAACUCAUUCUCGAGCUUAAUUCCUAAAUCACUUGGUAAUUUAAGGCUCCUGAAGUGGCUCACCCUAUUAGUAAAUAAUUCGACCCUUGGAUCUUCCACUCCAAAAUUCAACCUUUUCUCUUUGUCAAAUUUGGCAUAUCUAACAACUUUAGAUUUGUCAAAUAAUCAACUGAAUGGCGUCCUUCAGAGUUCCAUUGGAAAACUCUCUACUUCACUUCAGGAACUUCACAUGGAUAAUUGCAAUAUUAAGGGCGACAUUCCUAGAGAUAUUGGCAAUUUAAGCAACUUGAUCCCUUUGGAGUUACUGAACAAUGAAUUGACUGGACCUAUUCCAGUUACAUUGGGAAGAUUGCACAAGCUUCAAGAGAUUGAAAAUUUGAAGGUCUUGAGAGUAUUAGAGUUCUCAAGAAAUCAACUAUCUGGUGGUUUCCCAACAACAAUUGGUGGCCUCAAAGAUUUAGCUAAUCUCUCAUUGGAGGAUAAUCGAUUAGAAGGCUCAAUUCCUGAAUCUUUUGGCGAAUUGGUAAGUUUGGAAUUUUUGGACCUUUCCAGAAACAAUUUAUCCGGUGUUCCUCGACAAAAAAAUACCGCAGCAGCACAUAUACUAAAGUAUGUAUUACCAUCGAUUGUGUUAACAAUGCUUGUAGUCGCACUUGUGUUAUUUUGGACAAGAUGCAGAAAAAGGAAUGUGAAAAUUCUAGUGGAGGGAAACUCAUUACCAAUAGCCACAUGGAGAAGAAAUUCUCAACAAGAACUUUUACAAGCGACAGAAGGGUUCAGUGCAAACAACUUACUUGGUGAAGAGAGCUUUGGAUCAGCAUACCAUGGGACACUCCUUGAUGGAAUGAUUGUUGCAAUAAAAGUUUUCAACAUGCUAGUAGAAGGGGCAUUAAAGAGUUUUGAUACAGAGUGUAAGAUACUACACAAUAUUCAUCAUCGGAAUCUUGUCAAAAUCGUCAGCACGUGCAGUAACAUCGACUUCAAAGCUUUUGUAUUGGAAUACAUGCCUAAUGGGAACCUAGGGAAGUGGUUGUAUUCUCAAGACCGAUGUUUGAGUAUCUUACAAAGACUAAAUAUAAUGAUCAAUGUUGCAUCAACAGUGGAAUACCUUCGUUAUGGUUAUUCAACACCUAUUGUUUAUUGUGAUUUGAAGCCCAAUAAUAUAUUUUUAGAUGAAGACAUGGUCACACAUGUUGCUGAUUUUGGCAUUGCCAAGCUAUUAGGUGAUGGAGAUUUUAUGAUGCGAACCAUGACUCUCGCUACUAUUGGAUAUAUAGCACCAGAGUAUGGAUAUGAAGGACUUGUUUCUACAAGAGGUGAUGUGUAUAGUUAUGGUAUUUUGCUUAUGGAAACUUUCAUAAGAAUGAGACUUACAGAUGACAUGUUCGCGGGAGAAAUCAGCUUAAAAGUGUUGGGUAAAGGAAUCAUCACCCCUUUCAAUAACUAA